UUUUUUACUCUUUUCAUAUUAAAAAUGCUCUCUGUACCUUCUUCUUCCAAACAAACUAUCGUGGAACAAGCAGAGCUUCCGCUUUCGUCAAUGGCGAAGAUACCUUCAGCUUCCACUACUGCUGAAACUACUGCCACAAUAGCUCACAGGAAAAUGUCGUUGAGGCCGAGGUCAAUGGUGUCGAUGAAAGAAAGUGGUACAGCAAAGAGGCCUAAAAUUGGGGCGGCUAAGAAGAAGUCAUCGAAAUUAGAUGCUGAUAAACCUAAAAAGCCACCCACCGCUUUCUUCUAUUUCCUGGAGGAUUUUCGUAAGGAAUUCCAAGAGCAAAAUCCAGAUGUCAAGUCAAUGCGUGAGAUUGGCAAGGCUUGUGGAGAGAAGUGGAAGAUCAUGACUUAUGAGGAGAAGGUGCAGUACUAUGACGUUGCGACAGAACAACGAGCAAAGUUUGAGAAAGCUUUGGCAGACUAUGCUAAGAGAAAGGGAAAAUAUAUGAGAAUCAGCAUUUAACCCGGCCUGUGUUGACCCGUUACACGUGUCUGACCCACCCAAGCAACAGGAAAAUGGGGAACAUGACGAGUUUGAUGAGGAUUCAGACUCAGAUUAUGAUGAAUGAAUAUGUUGCUUUUGACAUCGUAGAGAUUCUAUUUAGUUGUCACAAGUAUUUUGUACAGUGAGAUAUUCAAACGUGUCUUCUGGAACCAAGUGCAUGUAGAUCAUUCUCUGUGUAGAUUGAAGAAAAAUAGAACCUGAACACAAAUGCGAGUUUUUGUUGAUAAAGGUUUGUGUUGCUAUCAUCCGUUAAUGAAACCAAUAGAGUAUAUUGUAAUGGUUCUUGGGAAUCAAACACGUGAUUGCUUAUAACGA